AAGCUUACUAGGUUACUAGCACUGCUGGGCGACAGUCGCGCCUUGGUGAGGAAGUAGUGAACGUGGAUAAUUUCGUCGACGCCUACACCAAAGUGCUGUUGUUUUUCUGUGUUGUGGACUUAAACUUGUGUUUUCUUGGAUAUAAUCGACUGUGAAGUGACGGUUGGUCAGACUGGGAGGUGGCGUCGCCUAGCAACCCCCACAUCACAGUGCAGUGCGGGGCCAGCGCGUCAGUGCAUCCGUCGAGCGUCGGGACACCGCUUCCACAGCCGGUGUGACGCGUCGCGCUUACGCUUCCGGUGAAGUGCAGUGUUUGUCCCCUCAGGCGUGCUGGACUUGACAGGCGGAGAAAUAUCACCUCCGGCACCCUCGGGGCCUCGUUACCAGACGGAAACUUUCAAUUUCUGAACUAAAGAUGACGCUGGGUGAGCGGCAGCGCGCCGGACUGUGACCUACCGUCCCCCUAUCGCGUGUGUGACCACGGCUUUAAUGUUGUCUGUGGCGGGGACGCGAUGGACUUGAAACAUGACCUGGUGUACUCCCGGGGUGGCAGCGGAGGCGGGAUGCUGUUGUCGGACGACAUCAUCAAAUCCGAGCCGCGCCUUCACAGCCCACCUGGCGAGGCCAGCGGCUCCAACGUACUCUUCUGUAGCUUCACCCAGGCCACCAAGCGGCGAGUGGACGACUGGGUGUCCUCGCCUUCACCCAACAGUCAGAGCCACUCGACCCCCGCACCGGCCACACCCUCCCCGGGCCCGCCCAGCCACCCCUACACCGUCAUCAGCAACGGCUACUCCUCCCCCCCGUCUUCGGGCAGCUACGACCCUUACAGCCCCAACGGAAAAAUCGGUAAUGAAUGCUUCAAGGUCGAUUUAGAUGGUUCAAUCUCUAGUGGCCGGGAAGACCUGUCUCCACCGAACUCGCUGAACGGUUUCAGUGUAGACAGUUGUGAUGCGAAGAAGAAGAAGGGUCCAACGCCGCGGCAGCAGGAGGAACUCUGCCUGGUCUGCGGCGACAGAGCCUCCGGGUACCACUACAACGCUCUCACCUGCGAAGGCUGCAAGGGUUUCUUCCGCCGCAGCAUCACCAAGAAUGCAGUUUACCAGUGCAAGUACGGCACCAACUGCGAAAUCGACAUGUACAUGCGGCGGAAGUGCCAGGAGUGCCGGCUCAAGAAGUGUCUCAGCGUCGGCAUGAGGCCAGAAUGCGUUGUACCUGAAUACCAGUGUGCAGUCAAGAGAAAGGAGAAAAAGGCUCAGAAGGACAAGGACAAACCGGUUUCCUCAAGCAAUGGCUCUCCAGAGAUGAGAAUAGACCAGGAACCUAGCGACGACGUGACGUUUGUCCCGCCACCUGACUAUGUUGUCAAGCCUCUCAGCGCCGAGCAGGAGGAGCUCAUCCAUAGGCUCGUCUACUUCCAGAAUGAGUACGAGCAUCCCGCUGAAGAAGAUCUCAAACGGAUUGAGAACCUGCCGACGGAUGACGAGGACCCAAGCGACAUCAGAUACCGGCACAUCACCGAGAUCACCAUCUUAACCGUGCAACUCAUCGUCGAGUUCGCCAAAAAACUCCCCGGCUUUGACAAGUUACUCAGAGAGGACCAAAUAGUCCUGCUCAAGGCGUGUUCGAGUGAGGUCAUGAUGCUAAGAAUGGCGAGAAGGUACGACAUGCAGACGGACUCAAUUCUGUUUGCCAACAACCAGCCCUACACGCGAGAGUCGUACAAUAUGGCCGGUGUGGGAGAAGUCAUCGAUGAUCUUCUCCGCUUCGGCCGCCAGAUGUGCUCCAUGAAGGUGGACAACGCUGAGUACGCCCUAUUGACGGCCAUCGUUAUCUUUUCCGAGAGACCAAAUCUGGCUGAAGCGUGGAAGGUGGAGAAGAUACAAGAGAUCUACCUGGAAGCUCUCAAGUCCUACGUGGACAACCGGCUCAAGCCCAGGUCUCCGACGAUAUUCGCCAAGCUGCUAUCAGUUCUCACCGAACUCAGGACUCUAGGGAACCAGAACUCUGAAAUGUGCUUUUCACUGAAACUCAGAAAUCGUAAACUGCCACCGUUUCUCACAGAAAUCUGGGAUGUUACACCGUAAGGAGCGAGCGACUACAAACUGCCUCCCAACACUCACUGCCGCAGUGUCACGCACAUGCGUCGUUUUCUAUCCUUGUUGCUUAGUUUUAGUCGCCUCCUCCUCGAGCGUCGGACUCCGGAAACUGGGAUUUGUUAGCGAGACUUGAAAUACCUGAAAAUUGUUACCGUUAUUCGUAAACACCACCUGCAAAAAUAAGAUGAGGUUAUGUGUUACCAUGCAUGCACCAAGGUGAUGUUCGAGUCUCCGGUUAUAGCCCACUUGUAGCGACGUUGAGGUCGCCACGACACCUCGAUCGUUGCUGCCGAACUGCAACAGUCCAUCUGGAAGUAACGAUAUCCGACGGAAUGUUCUGUCCUGUCAGGAAUUCCACAGGUUACUCACACUAGAGCUGCAAAAAUUAAUAUAUUUUUAGUCCAUAUUUUACCUGUUGAGUUUUAUGUGUUACAUUACUUGAAAUUAAAUUACUUUUAUGUAUUGUUGGUAAAACAGAUCCAAUUAUUUACACUAGAAUACAAAAUUUACCAUAAAUUGUACAUAAUAAAAUCAGUUUGAUGAAAGUAAUAACACAAAUAACUAUAAAAUGCAAGAGAUUCCUUAUAAAAGAGAAAUCAUAUAAAAUUGUUACUUAAUAUCAGAUUAUUUUAUUUUAAUUUAAAUAAAACCUCUUAAUGAUGUUUCUUUCUUACAUAAUAUAGUAACUUACGUUUAAACAAUAUUGCCAUAUUGUAGAGUUAAAACUUGUUAAACUGUGAAAAAGUUUUAAGUUAUAAAUUGUUGAUAAAAACAUUGAAGAAUCAUUUCCAAUAUUAACAUGUAUUUAGUUGUAGUUUUUAUGAUUCUCCAUUUUAAAAUAGUAUUUGAGCAUAGGGAAAUGAAUUUUGUUUGCAUUGAAGAAAUUCUCACAACAUUUUUAUUACACAAUUGAACAAUAUUAUUAUUGUAUUUACAGUGUUUGUAAAAACAGUUCCACGUUUUAAAAAUGAAUGCAUGAGGCACGAUUCAGAAAAGCUAUUUGUUUUGCAAUACUGCCACGAAAAUGAUAGACUUACCUACAAUAUAAGUGUUUCAGUGAAUUUUAUAGCUGCAUUUUAAUAAAAAUAGUUGUUCAUUGAGACAGCCAUUUGUAAAAGAUUGUGUUCUCUUUCUUAAUUUUGUUUUUUCUCCAUAUUAAGCUCCUACCUAAUUAAAUUUUAUAACAACUUUACACCCAAUAAGACCUAGUGUUAAUUUAUGCUGUAUAGUGUUGUUUUUAUCUUUAAAGUUAUACCUAUGCAUGUAAUAUGUCGUUAUUGUGUGUUCAGCAUUUUUAUAAAAUUUAUUAAAUUUAAAGUUUGUAAAAUUAGCCUACUACCUCAUGCUUGUACGUUGAGCGUAAUGAUAAAUUUGUGGAUGUUACUUUAUUACUAGAAGUAUAUGAUAUGAGUUGUUUCACUCGGUUAGGUAUUAUUUAGUGUAAUUCCAAUGAAAAGUACAGCUGUGUGGAACAAAUUUGUACAAUAUGAGAGGUGUGAAUGCCUGACAAAGCAUCAAUAAUAGCAAUGCUCAAAAUAUUGCUGUGUGACUUUCUAUACUUUUUAAAAAGAAUCAAUAGAAACAGCUAAAUAAAUGUUUCAAUGUCUGUCCGAUACGAUUUGUUCACAUCAAAUUUAUUUCAGAGCGUAAUUCUUUCACAAAUUUUCUGCUUCAAUAAUAUUUGGCUCUGUUAAUUUAUACGGAAACUCAUCUAUAGUGCUUGCUUCGAUAAUGAGACGUAAUUGUGGUGUUUGUUCCACUAUUCACUGUGUGUUAUCGUCGAUAUUUGAUCCCUUAUUAAAUAGCCUACUGAGAAUAAGUUCUUAGUAUGUUAUUAAUCGACAAGCUUGUCUCUCCUUACUCCACGUUACAAUAGAACAAUUUUAUGUCCCAGCAAACAACGGUAGGCCAGGUUGUGAUUGUGAUGUGUUUGUUUGUUUUGUUCGUUAUAGCAGAUGUGUUAUGGUACUUGUAAUUCGGUGGCGGCCCGACUCAUGUCGGGCCUCGACCACCAAAAUAGGCUGUGAUCUUUAUAAUAAUAUAUUUUUAACUGUAGUGUAAAAAUGGAUUUUAACAUAGUAGAGACAUUACGAUCUCCUCUGUGUAGCCGAGAUUGUUGUAAAUAACGGAAAUAUUUUUUAAGAAAGUAACUAUUAAUUUAGGCAAACCGUUUUGGAGUUGUAGUGAAUAAAGAAAGUUUAUUGUAAAUUUACCUGAUUGUAAAGAAAUAAAAUAUUUAUCCAGAGAAAUUCUAUGUUGUACAUACUCGUAUAUCGACCGACAAGACUGCAGCUGAGAUGGACUCAUUGUACUAUGGUGCCUUUGGUAUCAAUGUUGUAAGGGAACCACUUGUAUACAAUAGCCUACUGAACUCUGUAGCCUACAUUACCCGUAAUUGGUUUAUAUAGUAUUAUAUUUGCAAUAGAAUGACUUUCCAUUGACGAUUGUAACACUGUAAUGUCACAAAAACAAACCUAGGAAUACAUAAAUGAAUUAAAAAUCUGCACCAAGUGUCUUACAGAUUCAGAGUUCAAAAUAUCUUAGUAGUUUUAAGUUUAGUGCAGUUAGUAAACUUGUUUUGUUAAUUUGUCUUUGCACUUAAAUAAUAAAAGAACUAAGGCAACACCAACUCGUUGGUUUUAUCUUAAACUUGAUAACUUUGUUUUUCAAAAUGGAUGUAUUCCAAUUAAAAAAAAAAUGUUGCUUGUCUUUAAUAUUAUUUUUGAAAUAAUUUCUUACUUGGGAAAUUGUUUUGGUAAAAUAAUCGUUGUUCUGUUUGUUUUUUCUUUUUUAUCAAAAGUAAAAAUCAAUUUGUAACAAAAUGUUGUAUUGCAUAAUGCAUUAAUACAUACACAAAAAAUAAUAAAACGUAGCCUAACACACAAAGUAAAUUUCAUUUCUUCAAAGUUUUAUUUUUUAACAAUAAUAGUUACUGGUAGGCAUCCACAAUGACAUUCUAUUUAAUAUUUUACUUUAUAAUAACCGUUGUAGUUUAACUUGUUUUUUUAAUGUUUCAGUAUUCUUUUAUAUUUUCAUACAUCUUAAUUCUAGAAUUGUUUUGCAUGUGUUCAUUUACCCAGUAACCGUUCGGAAAUAAACUUAUCCGAUACUUCUUUAAACUGUACUACUACUAAUAUUAAUUAAAUUUUGUUUUAGUUGUAAUUUUAGACAUUUUUGUAAUUUUAUACAAGGGUUUUACACUGUGAACAACAUUUUUAUACACAGAAGUAGUUCAGUUUUAGUGUUUUCAGUAUGUGAAUAAUAUUCAUUGAAACAAAAGGCUGAUUUAAUGAAGGUGAUUUUAUAUUGUUGUUUUGUAUAAUUAGACCGUUUUACAAUUUUUACGAAUUUAUGUAAAUACACUUAUCGGUUAUAUAGCAACUGUUAGUGGUUGGAAGAUUUUACAUAUUUGUUACGUUCGAUAUGGACUGUGUAAACAGAAGUAACCGAAGUUCAUUUUUAUUGUUUCAUUUUUUUAAACUUAUUGAGACAAUAUAUUGAAAUUUGAGUACCUUAUGAUUAUUUAUUGAGAAUAUAUAAAUACAAUUGCAAUUGAAUUGAAGAUAAUGUUAUGUUAAUUGAUCUUAACAUAAAAUAAACGUUCAAAAUAGCGUUCAUUUAGAGUAAAAGUUCGUAUUGUUGUAUUUUACAACAAUGUUGUAUUGUUGUAUUUGGUAGCCUAUUUUCAUCAUCUGUCUGACUUUUAGGAAAGGUAUUCAUUGUUCUUCCAUUAAUAAUUACUUGGAUUGUAUUUGCAUGAAUAGGAUAUUUUUACAGAGAUGUUUACUUCUGUUUCACUAUCCAUACAAAUACACUGUUAUCCCGAUACAUCUAUGCAAGUGGUUCCCACCUCUAAGUUAAGUUCGUUAAUUUAAUUCUCAACAGGUGCUAUUUGUGCAAAUGUAGUUUUAUAAUUUUCGUGAUACAGCUAAGCAAGAUACACCGUCCGUAUUACAUAGAGUUGGACGGCCUCUCUACUAUUGGACUGGAAGGCUGACUUACUGUUAUAACUAAAUGUGCAACACUAGCGUUAAGGUUUUGUUUAUCAUAUAGUAUAUGUGGAUGUCAAUUAACAUUGUCGACGUACCCGUACGGACAUGCGUACAGUGUUAGUGUGUUGGCGCCCGCCUAGUGAACAGUGUACAUAUUAUUAAGGACGCUAGCAAACGGGCAGACUUUACUUCUUUUUUUUAUAAAAAAAUGCGAUAAACACAAUUUGUACAAUUGUUUUUAGAGAAUUAGAAAUAAAACGGCAAAUACAGCCUGACUGAAAUGUUGAA